CUCGCUGGCUGCCCCUCCUCCACGCCGUCUGUGCUAAUUGGCCGGUGGCCCGCCCGCCGCUGCGCCCAUAGGUGGCCCUCCCGCCGGCUGGAUGGUGCUGGCGUGUUUGUUCCGGUUGUUCUUGCCCGGCCUGCACACCCACGCGAGGCCGGUCUCGUGGAUCUCCUCGACGUCGUUGAACAGCGCCAGACUUGCCAGACCAUCGGCGUCCUCCUCACUGUGGAACAUCUCCCACCGAACAGCCUCGAAAAACUUGACCUGUGGACAGGCACAAGGCGUCCAUGACAACGGGUGUGUGGGUGUGCGUGGGCGGUCUGCUUGCUCACGAUGGGCUCCACGAGUUGUUUUUCCUCGUUGGUGCCGCUGGUGUAGAUGUCGUAGAGGAGCUUGUAGGGUCGCUGGAUGUGGUGCACCCCGCCCAUGAGCUGCUGAAGAGGCAGGGUCAGAAAACUGCAACCACACACAACACACACAGAGAGGGGGGAGGUGGUGGGUACAUGUAGGUGUGUGGAUGUGUGGACGGCUGAAGAUCCACUCCUCACCUCACACACGGGGACAGGAUGUAUUUGCCGAGGGCCACCAGGCCUGACACGGCAAUGUCCGGCGUCACGACCAGGGGGCGGCCCGGCCCCCCAUUGUGGUGUAGCUUCAACGAAAUCACCUGCAUACACACAGAUCCACAUCAACACAUACACACACAAGGCCCUCCCCCUCACUCCCUCCACAGCUUACGGCGCUCUUCUCGUCGAUGUGAACUGUGGUGAGGAGGCGGUAAUGGUGAGUUGCGCUGUCCCCCUUCUUGGCCGCUGCAUUACCCUCCUGGACGGGCUCGCAGAUGCUGCCAUUUAAAUGGACGCCACGCACACACACACACACACACACAGAGAGAGAGAGAGAGAGAGGGAACCACAACAAAACCAUUGUGUGGGUGCGGUGCAUUCCAUCCAUCCAUCCAUCCAUCCAUUCAUCCAUCCAUGGGUGUGCAAGUGGGUAUGGUAUAGAAGGCAAUCACAAUUUGGGAUACGUGUCGAACCAGACGUGACCGUCGCCAUGUGCCUCCCGCUGCUGCUGCUCUCGCCGGUCGUAGUCAGCAGGAUCACCCAGCGUGGUGCCGGCUAUCAGCGGUCCAAAUGCAGUAGUAGGCUUGUCCGACUCGCUCGAAAAAAGCCAAAACUGACCGAUGACAACACACAUACACACACACACAUGCACGCACACAACGAUUUAGGCCUUGUGUGUGUGUGUGUGUUGGUGUAAUGUGACGGCACAAAAGACCUCUGUUCGUGUCCUGUCGCCCGUGAAGAGCUGGAACAGCUUAUAGAUGCGCUGAAACUCGAGCUCAUCAUUGUAGGGAGCGCCGUUGUACUCCCCUACGCACAGACACACAGACGUACGCACAGUCAUACGCACACACAGCAGGCCAGUUGGUGCACACACACGCAUCCCAUCGGCCCGCUUACGCUUUGGACGUAUCCGUUGCCAGUCGCCGUUGCUGUCCUUUGCCAUGAAUUUCGUGUUGGCGGUGAUGGUCUCGACGGGCAGGUCGGGAAUCUCGCUCGCCGUGAGGCCCUGCUGCUGCCCCGACAUCAAACCGAAGCUACUGCUAGACGACCUGAUUGAUGCAGACCAGCGACAGACACAUCACACAGGCAGCCAGUUGGGUGCACUGGACAGGUGGGCCGCUGGAUGGAUGGGUGGAUGCAUCCAGUGUGUUGUUACCCCUGUUGCGUGUGGCUGCUGGUGGAUGCGAUCGUGUGGAGUGUGGGCUCCGCAGACGAGUCGAGUGCACCUGCACACACAGCCAGCCAGCUGCACCACACACAAACACACCCUCCCUCCCUCCCUCCCUCCCUCCCCAUCCACACGCACACACAUACCUGUCUCCUCGAUGGUGAGUUGGUCGCUGCCCCAGUUACACCGCACGGGACGCUCAGGCGACCUGACAGUAGACGACGAGGGCACCAAAAACCAUCAGCAGCCAAUGAGCCCACCCACCCACCCACACGUACAUACGAAACGAUCGUGGCGUACCUGUCUGUGGUCACCAGUGGUUUGAGAAUGGGUAUAUGAUCUACCUCAAACAGCGUAAACCCCGUGCCCCAAGCCCAGCUGAUGCCAUAUCGGCCAGUCAGCCCCUCGAUCGCGUCGCCAUUGGUCCUCUCCUCCACCAGCCGCUUGAAGACAGCUCCAGGUAGUGCCUGGAACCUGAGCUCCAUGAGGCCGCGGAUCUUGAGCAGUGACCUGACGCACGCAAUGCCGAACUCGCCGGCCGCAUCACUAUCAGCCAAAUCCUCAGGCACUGCAGGCAAGGACACGCAACGAAGCAAUAGCAGGGACAGAAUGAGCGGACAAGAAAUCUAGCGGCUCACCUUCUACGCUAACAAACAUCUGCUUGAUGGUCGGAAGCUCUUGUGCUCGAUCGCCCCACGUCAGCCCCUCCUCACCAUCGGUCACCACUGUGGCCUCGAAGCGCUCCAGCCGUCUGUCCCCGCCCAGCGCCUCCAGCAUUCCCACCGCAUCCGCCUCUGGCGUGCCCCUCCAGAGGCUAACCCGCCGCAGGGCGGGCAUCUUCGGCACCAGCUUGCGGCCGAUCACAAACCCCUUGGGGGGACGCAGCGGAAGACGCGUUUGAUUUCCGAUCUCCAGCGACGAUGCAGCGGGGAGUGCGUCCUCAGGCAAAUGGUCGAGCACCGCCGGGUCGGGCUGCUCUGCCUGCGCAUGCUGCAGCGGAUUCAUGCCACCGAAGUUCAUGAUGGUCACGCUCUGUGCGAUGGGGAACGUAACGGACUGUGCGAAGGCGACGGCAGCGGGGCUGGGUGAGUCGAGGGGCGCGGUGAAUUGAUGGGGGUACAACUUGAAGAAUACGUGGGGGCUGCCGGAUGCCAGCUGCUUGAGCCGCUUCUGCGCGAAGGGAGAGGGGUCCGGGUGUGUGGGCACAUCGCAAAGGAGACCGACGUCAAAGCUGCGGAGACAUGCGUCCACAGACGUGUCCACAGAUGAAUCGACAGGGAUGUCGGGGCCCAUGCACACGCUGCGCGUGAAGGCCUCGAUGGCCCGCAGCGUCUCGAAAAUGCGGCUGUCGACGCCGGCGAUCUUGAAGUCCAGGCGCUUGAUGGAUCGGCAGCCGCGCUCGACAAGUACGGCCUGCACACAGACACGCAACUCACAAGCAAGCUCUCGCCCACUCUCUCCAUCUAGAUCUUGUCUGGUUCAUUGCACACCUGAAGGCGCUCCAGAUCCGCAUUCCUCCAGCUAGCCAUGCUGAGGGUCCCGAUGUCCUCCAGCUGUGACAGCAGCCCCGUCUGGCCCGCCUCUGUCACAGGGAUGUCCGCGAGCGAAUGAGCCAGGCCGGCAGGAGCGCACUCCACACGCAGCUCCUUCAGGCACCGCAACGUGCCCACCAGGUCCUUCAGGACACCCCCCCUUCUCGUCGCACUACUAUCCUCCCACGGCGGCAAGUAGAGUCCCGACACCCUCCCGUCUAUUUGCACCCUCUCGAGAGACGGCAGCUGCCAGUGGCGCCCGCGGCCGAACUCCCUCAGGCCGUUCUGCCAGGAGGGGCCGCCACAGGGGAUGCCGGCGAUGGACGUGAGGGAGUGGAGGGUGGGGGAAGGGUCGAGGGGCGGGGAAAGGCAGCCGCCUGCUGUCCGAUCGCCCUCACCUCUCGAUACUCGUCACUGUCGAUGAAUCGCGUCGACAAGUCGAUUUCGUUGAACUCGAUCGACUCCAGCGUGCUGUGUGGUGAUUGCCCAGCUGCCGCCGCUGCCGCCCCGGCUGAGGGCCCCUCACAGUGCCCCUCCACCAAGACGAUCACAUUGCCGGCCACUUUGUCGAUCAAAUCCUUGGCGUAUGCUUCUCCGGUGACGUAGGGCAGGCCGCUGGGCUGCGGAAAGCGAAUGACAAUGGCUAUGAGUUGGGUCAGCCGUCGGCCCCAUGCGAAGGCGUCAGCGAACGGCAGGCGGCACCAGAAGAGACGCUCAGCCCUGCCGUAGGUGUCGAUCACCAGCCGUGUGAUCUGUGAGGACACGCGACGGCACAGCCCCUGAGGUAGUUGCGCCAGCAGAUGGAGGGGCAGGAAGGAGAAGACGCACCCGAUGAGAACAGGCUGCAUUGACCGACAGCACACACCACACAACAAACACAAAGCAACGAUGGGGGAGGGGAGGGUAGGUGUGCUCGCCCGCCAGUGGCAUUAAGUGCCCGUGCAAGCAACUUACAAUUGAGCUGAAACGGUGCGCAAAGGCACGCAUGUCUACAGUGUGCGAUGCCGUAUUCUCCUGCGGGCCGUCUUGCAGAUCCUCCUCUUCCUCCUCGUCAGAAGGCGCCCGGCCAGCGUCCAUCGCAUCGUCAUCCGCCACGUCAGCCAUACUCCGCCGCCUCGUGGGGCCAGCCUCACUCAUCCCGGCUCAAUAUCUACUGCUCAUUCGCUCGUGAUGCUCGUGAGCCUGUGUGUGCCGAUGUGUUGCGCG